GCCCCCUUGAUCAACACUGCACGCGAGCGCUGUCUGAAGAGUCAAGACUCGAUAGAUUGAAGGCUAUAGACAAGAACACGCCGAACAGAUCCAUCAGCUAGCUGUAUGCGGUCAAGCUCAGAGGAGGGAAGAGCCUUUCAACAGUUACUUACUGCGUUCCUUAUCGAUUACAAGUUGACUUGCUCCACCAAUCGGCCAGUAGGCGGCGAGCAGCCAGUCAUGAUCUGCACACCGUCCUGAACAUCUUCCUCGUCGUCUGGACAACAUAUCUUACGUUCGGGACACGCUAGACGACGCGCAGAGCUGCUAUAAAGCGCAGAUCACCACCGGAAACCUGUUACCUCCCCAUCUUUACACAACAACUCGUUCUGGGCCCCCAUGUUCUCUCCCGACACCGAGACGUUCUCGACCCCGCCUACCACACCCCUCAUGCCCGAGAUGCCGCCAUCGCUUUCUCGCAGGACGAGCCGCCCAUCGAAUCUCCACUUAUCCCAUAACUCCUCGGACUGGACGCCGGGCAUCGUCCUCGACCCGCAGCAAUCGCCCGAGAUCGCAUCCGGGAAGACCCAGGGCGGUAAUGGCACACCUGCGUCCACGAACGGCACCAAGGUUAACGGCACCGCCGUGACCAUAGAAGGGCCUCCUCUCUUGUCGAAUACUCCCACCAUCACACACCACUCGGUUCCGAUUCCACAACCACCACGCCGCGUCCCCUCACCUGCUAUCGCAUCCCCCUGCUUUUUGCAUUCGAAACUACAAGGCCCAUCUCUCAUGGAUUGGCUGGGGUCGUUCGUUUCCCCCGACCAGAACGAGGCUCGAGGGCGCAGCGAGAACGGGCAUGUUCACCAGGACGGGACGGCAUCGGACUACAGUGACCCCCACUCGCCAUACGGGGACGACGAUGACGAACGGCAGUACGCCCCAAGCAUCACUAAACAGCUUGCCGCCACCGCGGUUGGGGUACGGGAAGUGAGCAAAAAGCUUGGUCGUACCCGCGUCCACUCCCACAUCCAGAGCAUCCUCAUUGUAACCAAGGCGCGCGACAACCGUCUCAUUAAGCUCACCCGCGAGCUCGCGCUAUACCUCAUGAAGAAGAAGCGGCAAGGGAGCAGCGAGCGGGGAAUUAUCGUUUACGUCGACGCGCAGCUCAGGGCGUCGCGACGAUUCGAUGCUGCCGGACUGGAGCGCGACCAUCCCGAGCUAUUUGCGCCUUUCCCGAAACGGCGCACAUCAAGCAGCUCAUCUCUUGCUUCCGCGUAUAACGGCGACAACAUGCCAUCCGUCGAGGGCCAACUGCGGUAUUGGACAGCCGACAUGUGCAGUCGAAGCCCCCAUCUGUUUGACUUCGUCGUAACACUCGGCGGAGAUGGAACGGUGCUCUUUACGUCGUGGCUGUUCCAGAGGAUCGUCCCGCCGGUUCUUCCGUUCGCGCUCGGUUCCCUCGGGUUCCUCACAAACUUCGACUUCGCGAACCACCAGAAAGUGAUGGAUAAUGCCAUCGACAAUGGCAUCCGUGUCAACCUGCGCAUGCGGUUCACGUGCACGGUGUACCGUGCCAUAUCUCCUGACAAGAGUAGCAAGGCCUGCCGUGCUAUCAAGAGGGGUGAUACUGGGGAGAUUCUCAUGCGCAACGUCGAACAGGGGGGUUGGGAUGCGUUGGAGAGCGGCAUCCAGACGGAAGGCAAGGCAGGGGCGAAGGACAAGGAGAUCAUGUGUUUUUCAACAAGACCGGUCGAGUGCUUCGAAGUUAUCAACGACCUGGUCGUUGACCGUGGGCCCAGCCCUUACGUCAGUUUGCUCGAGUUGUUCGCCGACGAGGACCAUCUUACCACCGUCCAGGCUGAUGGCCUGUGUGUCGCGACCCCUACGGGUUCCACCGCGUACUCAUUAUCGGCCGGCGGCUCACUAUGCCAUCCGGAGAUUCCUGCAAUACUCAUCUCGCCUAUCUGCCCCCACACCCUCUCUUUCAGACCAAUGCUUCUUCCUGACACUAUGGAGCUGCGUGUAUGCGUGCCGUUUAACUCGCGGAGUACCGCCUGGGCCUCGUUUGAUGGUCGCGGCCGUGUUGAGCUCAAACAGGGUGACCACAUCAAGAUCACCGCCUCCAAGUACCCAUUCCCGACCGUCUGCGCGGAGUCCCAAUCCCGCGAUUGGUUCCAUUCGAUCUCACGGACGCUCAAGUGGAACGAACGUGAACGGCAGAAAUCGUUCGUGGUCGUGGAAGAGAGCCCGUCGCACAAGUCGCGCAAGCUUCCCGCCGAAGGUCAUCCGACACCCCGCCAGCAACAGCAUACCCUCGCGAAACAAGGCGGCUCUGACGAACUAGACGAGGAGGACGAGACCACCGACUCCGACGGAGAGGAGGAGGAGGAAGAGAAGUACGACAUAGACGACCUCUCCUCGGCCGAAUCGCCGAACGGCUCGAACGGCUCGGACCCCAGCAAGCUCAGCCCAUCGCAAGCCAAACUCGGCGCGCAGAAGGUGCACGAGAGCACGGAGAACGGGCACGUGAACGGGCAGCAAGACGCGGAGAAUGCGGCGCGGCUGCUCGCUCAGGGCAACCCGUACCUCCAGGCGCCGCACGACGUCCCCAGCUCCGGCCUCAAGUCUGGCGUCGACACGCCCGACCGCUUCGCCGGCCCGCAUCCACACCCUCCCCGUGUCUCCCCGCGCCACGUUCAGUUUGCCGCGGCGCUCUCGACAUCCUCAUCCUCGUCAUCCAUCGCAGCACAGGCGGAUGUGCGCGGCGAGCGGGGAGACCGCGACGACAUUCGCGGGCCGCGCUCGGCACAUCUGAGCACGCGUGUGCGGAUACCGCAUGAUCGCGACCUCGAUGGCGAGAGCAUGAAGACGCCGACGCCUGUGGACCCGCCUCAGCGGCAUCCUUUCGCGCCCCGGAGCCGCUCGCGGUCGCGCGACGCUGCGCCGCAACGGCGCGCGUUCGCAGUGUGGGGUCAGGACGAGAGCGAUAGCGCGGCGAGUGACAGUGACGCGGACCCAUAGAGCAGCGCGCUCUGGCACCCUCCCGCAGCAUGCGCUCGCUACUUAGAAUCGAGCAGUAUCUGGGCGGGUGUAUGAGAAAUGGGGGUUUUGGAUGGAAUGGCAUAGAAAGCAAUGUAACGUAGUUCUAGGCAUGCUCUUGCUCCUCAAGACUGGAUACGCUCACGAUCGCACUCACGGCUGUAACUUUAUAUGGAGAUGACAGAAGGAAUAUGAAGCAUUGGUUUGGUUCUGUCUCUUACGCAGUUGAGUUUCAUACACGAGAGCCUUAGCAGAUAGUGCUGAGUGGAGGUGAUGUAUAUUGUACAAGUGCUUCUUCUGAUACGUUCAUGCCAUGCGCCUAGAAAUACGCCGUAUUCCGCAACGCGAAGCGUUCCAGCUUCCGAUAGUCAGGACGGUCCUUCGCCACCGCCCAGAUCCACGCAUCCAGCUCAGGGAGGGUGAUGCCCUUCAACCACACAAGCUCCUCGCCCGCGUCCAGCUCCUUCGCCGCGUCCACGAUCAGCUCGCACGCGUCGAUCGCCGCCGCGCGCAACAUGUACGCCUGCUCGACCGUCAGCAGCGGGCCCUCCUUCGGCACCUCCUUUAUCUUCUUCACCGCGGGGUCUACGGGCUCGGCAGCGGCGAGCAGCGCCUGCAGCCGCGCGGGGUCCUGCGCGUCCGGGAAGAGCUGUGGGAGGCCGAGCGCGGGGUCGGCGUUGGUGAGGUCGAUUACGCCGAGGUGGACGAGCAACGAGGGGAUGACGUUGUCGGAGAAGAUGGGGAGGUGCUCGGUGCGCGGGAUGGGCAUCGCAGAGGAUUCGGACUUUCCGAAACGGAGGGCGACGGCGUGCAUGGUGAGCAGCGCCUUCUUGAAGCAGUAUACGGGUUCGCCGUAGACGAGUGCCAUGUCUUGGAAUGCGGGGAUGCCCCGGAUAAGCCGUUCAACGGCGACCUCAGAUUCGUCGUUCCCGGCCUUCUUGGCCUUCUCCCCUUCCUUGAGCGCCUCCAGCACGAAGCUCCCGAGGUCGGGGUAUCCACCAUUCACCAAGGCGUCGCCUGUCUCUCGCAGAGUCUUUGCGAUGAGCUGGACGACCUCCCACACUGGACCUGCGAGCUCGCCCACAGUCAACCCAGGGAUGGUCUCGUGCGGCCGCUCGACGUGGAUGGCGUCGGUCACGCCCAUCAGGUCCGCAACCGUGGCCUCGGUGAUCUCCUGCAUUCCGCGCGCGGAGAAGUGAUCGCCCCCGCUGCUCGAGGAGAUGUAGGCCCCGAAGAUGAAGGCACGGAUGUUGUCGAAGGCGCCGCGCCCUGUGGCUUGGUGCAGGGGAACGCGGUAGCCCGAGGCGAAAUUGAGCAGGGAGAGCAGGGAGAGCACGUUGAGCUCCACAACGGCCGACGGGAAGUUGAGGGGUAGUGUCAUGCCAUGGGCGUGGCGAAGCCGUUCGAAGGUGCUUGUGAAAGCAGGCGCAAGAAGGAAACGUUUGAUAGCCUCCGGAGUGAUCUGAAACGUUCGCUUUUGUGCGGGCUGUCCGAGAAGACUCUCGCACAGAUUUG